AUGGUUGUUAUGCAAGACGUGGUUUUCUGUUUUGAUUCUUCCCCGAUAGGUAUCGAGAAAUGGGAUGGGGAUCGGCCCCGGGUCAUAGUCGGAACAGAGGAAUUAAUCGGAUGGAUCAUCUCCACGGCCGUGCACGAGGAGCUGCCGGAGACCUACGUCCGGCUGGAGGCGCAGCGCCAGCGCCUCCACGAGGUGGUCUCGGACGCGCAGAUCCCCGUCGUGGACCUCGCCGAACCCGACCCCGCCGCCGUCGUCGCCAGCAUCGGCGAGGCCUGCACCACCCACGGCUUCUUUCAGGUGCUCAACCAUGGGGUGCCCGUGGAGCUGAUGGACGCGAUGCUGGCGGUGGCGUACGAGUUCUUCCGGCUGCCCGUGGAGGAGAAGGCCAAGCACGGCUAUGCUUCAAAAGAAAAUUUUGAAAGUGACUAA